AUGGAAAAUCGCCAGAAUCUGGCCAGAAUGGGUAUCUUCUUCGGCAACAAGAGCACCUCUCCGCUACUCAGUUUUACGCCGCAAGUGUCGUGUCCCGGGGUACUCAGUACGCAGAUCGUGCUGCAAGCGAAGCAGGUCGAUCCUUUCGUCGACGCUGGUGCCCAAGUGCAGCAGCUUAUCAACGUCGAAUGCGUGGCUGAGUUCUACGCGUGCCCGGUGCUCAACGUGCGCUUCGUGCACAACGCCGAAGCGGUGAACAUUUGCCUCCAACUGCCGUUGUUUCUGUUCAAGUUUUUUGAAGCAGUCGAUAUGCCAGCUCAGCUGUUUUUCGAACGGUGGAAGCAGCUUAAUCAUUGUUUUUUUUUGUUUCAGCUGACCGGUUUUGGCAUGCAAGUGCUGGAAGGUGUAGACCCAAACGCGGAUAACUUUGUUGCCGCCGGCAUAAUACAUACGAAAACUGUCCAGAUCGGUUGUCUGCUGCGACUUGAACCGAAAUUGAACGCAUUUCGACUGACAGUUCGUAGUAGCAGAAGUACGGUGGCUUCGUACGUUUGUUUGAUCGCGUCUGAAUUGUUCUGA